AUGGCAACAACAACGUCAUUCAAACACGAAGUUCAAGCAUUAAAUAACGGAAAUCGUAUUCAUCCAACAAACAUGACAAUGGCAUCUAAUGAAGCAACAAAUAUUCACAUUAAGGAUGAUUCUCAAGAAUCAAAUGAAAGUGGUUUUGAUGCAUGUGGAUGGAUAUUAAUUAUUUUUUCGUAUUUUCUUGUUAUUCUUACAUUUCCAGUUACAUUAUUCUGUAGCAUUAAUGUUGUUCAAGAAUAUCAACGUGCUGUUAUUUUUCGUCUUGGACGUAUUUUACCAGGUGGUGCUAAAGGUCCUGGUCUAUUUUUUAUUUUACCUUGUGUGGAUACAAUCACCAAAGUUGAUUUACGAACAACAACAUUCAAUGUUCCACCACAAGAAAUUUUAACACGUGAUUCAGUGACAGUUUCGGUCGAUGCUGUUAUCUAUAGUCGUAUUGUUGAUCCGGUCACUUCGGUAACUAAAGUAAAUAAUGUUGCUUCUGCAACUCAAUUAUUAGCUCAAACAGCAUUACGAAAUAUUCUUGGUACAAAAACACUUCAAGAAAUUCUAAGUGAGCGUGAAACUAUAGCUGAUCAAAUGGAAAUUCAACUAGAUCAAGGAAGUUCAUCAUGGGGUAUUAAAGUUGAACGUGUUGAAAUUACAGAUGUUCGUUUACCUCAAUCAAUGCAACGAUCAAUGGCUGCAGAAGCUGAAGCAAGUCGUGAAGCUCGUGCUAAAGUUAUAGCUGCUGAAGGUGAACAAAAAGCAUCAAGACAAUUAAAAGAAGCAGCCGAUGUUAUUGCUGAAUCACCUAUUGCUUUACAAUUACCAAAAUACUGUAAAACAAAACAACAAAUUUGUGCUCGAUGUGGUGGAAAUCACCGCAUUGAACAAUGUACUGAUUCACAACAAACAACUAAAUGUUGUAAUUGUCAAGGUGAUCAUUUAGCCACGUCAAAUGAUUGUCCAAGAUUUAAAGAACAAAAAACAAAAGUGAAAAAAUUAGUAAAUCAAUAUUCGUCUACAACCAAACCAACAACAACAAAUGUACCUGCUCUACAAUGUCUUAAUGAAUUUCCAUUAUUAGCAAGCAGACAACAAGGACAACAAGAUUAUAUACAUAAUGGAAUGAUUGAUGAAAUCAUUAAUCUUCUCACUUCAAAAAUGGAAAAAGUCAUCGAAGAAACAACAAACAAACUAUUUAAAACACUUCAUCAGAAGAUCAAGAAAAUAGAAAAAUUCAUGUCAACAUUUGAAAAUAUAAUUAAUGAAGAUAUCGAUGAUUCUAAUUCUGAUGAAGAAAUUCAAGUACAUAAAGAUAAAAAGAAGGAACAACAACAAAAGCAACAUAUCGAAAAAACAACAAAACCAACAACUACAUCUAUUAUAACGUCAUCAAAAGCAUCUAAUGCUUCCAAUGAAACAACAACAAAAGCACCACAGAAACCUAAAGCAACAGCAAAAACAGUCAAAACUAGAUAG